GGAAGAUGACAGUCAUCUGAUGUUUCUUUUUUCCCGUGUUUCCUUGUUAGCCAGCUUCAGUACUAGCCAACAAAACAACCGUCCUGCUUUCUGUCCCUCUUCUAUUUCGUCCCUUUUUCUCUCUUCGCUUUCUCCAGGAAUUAAAAGAACUCCUCGUCCAAAAUCAUGGACGAGACGAGUCCGCUUGUCUCUCCGCUCCGGGACUCCGGUGAUUUCGGCUACGGUCCCACGGAGCCCACCAGCCCCCGAGGCACGUUUGGAAGCACACCGGGCUCGGUGGUGCGUAUCCCGGCUGGCAGUCCGGGUCGAAGCCGGGAGAGACAGCCGCUUCUGGACCGGGACCGUGGGAGCUCACCGCGGGAGCCGCACAGGAACGAGUUCCCGGAGGAUCCCGAGUUCAGAGACAUCAUCCGAAAGGCCGAGCGAGCCAUAGAGGAGGGGAUCUACCCGGAGAGGAUCUACCAAGGAUCCAGUGGAAGCUAUUUUGUCAAAGACUCACAUGGGAAAAUCAUUGGUGUGUUCAAACCUAAGAAUGAAGAGCCAUAUGGCCAGCUGAACCCCAAGUGGACCAAGUGGCUCCAAAAACUGUGUUGUCCCUGCUGCUUUGGCCGCGACUGUUUGGUCCUGAACCAGGGUUAUCUCUCGGAGGCCGGGGCCAGCCUGGUUGAUCAGAAACUGGAGCUCAACAUCGUUCCCAGGACCAAGGUGGUGUACCUGGCGAGUGAAACAUUCAACUACAGUGCCAUAGACAGGGUGAAAUCUCGAGGAAAGAGGCUAGCCCUGGAGAAGGUGCCUAAAGUGGGCCAGCGCUUCCACAGGAUUGGACUGCCACCAAAGGUUGGUUCCUUCCAGCUCUUUGUUGAUGGCUACAAGGAUGCAGAUUUCUGGCUGCGGAGGUUUGAAGCGGAGCCUUUACCUGAAAACACCAAUCGUCAGCUCCAGCUGCAGUUUGAGCGGCUCGUAGUCCUCGAUUACAUCAUCAGAAACACAGACAGGGGAAACGACAACUGGUUGUUGAAGUAUGACUGUCCCAUGGACCCUGUUGGGAAUAGGGACACAGACUGGGUGGUAGUAAAGGAUCCCAUCAUCAAGCUGGCAGCUAUAGACAAUGGUCUCGCCUUCCCCCUCAAACACCCCGACUCGUGGAGAGCCUACCCAUUCUACUGGGCGUGGCUUUCCCAGGCCAAGGUUCCCUUCUCCCAGGAAAUCCGAGAGCUGGUCCUGCCCAAACUCUCUGACCCAAAUUUCAUCAAAGACCUGGAAGAGGACUUGUAUGAAUUAUUCAAGAAAGACCCUGGUUUCGACAGAGGACAGUUUCACAAACAAGUAGCUGUAUUAAGGGGGCAGAUCCUGAACCUGUGCCAAGCCCUGAAGGACGGUAAAACACCCCUGCAGCUGGUCCAGAUGCCCCCGGUAAUAGUUGAAACAGCCCGAGCACCUCAGAGAGCCAACAGUGAGUCCUACACACAGAGUUUCCAGAGCAGAAGACCUUUCUUCACCUGGUGGUAGGAACGGUUCACUGAGCAGGAAGAGGAGGAACAGCAGGAAGCUUGGAGCGAAGAAAGGAGCGAGGAGUGGCGCACUUGGAGGUCGCACGUUUCUGUCCUGGAAAUGGGAAUAAUCAACACCCUCCCCUCCUCUCCUUGUGGAUAUUUUGGUUACAAAGAGUGGGUGGAGCGAUGAAGACAAAAGAGGAAGAAUAUCACAGCAUAUCUUCCCUGUUUGCUUCUGUGCCUUGUGUGAAUGUCAACGAGGAGUCAAUGCCUAAAUGAUGAAGACUACCUUCCUGCGAGAGAGAGAAAGAUUUGAGUGAGAUGUUAGACUUUUCUUUUGGACUUCUGGGUGCACUUAAUGUUUGCUCACACACAGGCAUGCCAGUCAAAAGCCUCUCAUACAUACUUUUGUUUUUGGACGGGGGGUGUUGCAUUCCAUGUUUAUUUCUUCUUCAUACCUUCUCUGCCUUUUUAAUAUCCAUCUGCAUAUUCCCCCCCCGUGCAGUUAAAAUCCCUGGGCUGUUGAAAGCAGUGGUGCCACUAGUUAAGACCAGUAUUUUCUUUUUUAACAAAUGAGAGAAGUGUGCAUUGUGGUUCGGUCUUAAAGAAUGGGGAACUGGGCACUUAAUGGUGUGUUUGUCUUUACACAGUGAACACAAGCCAUGUGAACUGGUUUCACUCAUUGCACCUCCUAACUGUUUAGAUUAGGAUCUACAAGUCAUCUGGGGAGAUGUUGGAAAGCAGAGGCACUUUUGGUUAAAGAAACAAACUGUUUGUUAAGCUGAGAUAAGUAAGACUGUCUCAACUAAUUUUUCUUCUUUCACUGAUGAGUUAAACCAUUGAACAAGACAAAAUUAUCCCAUCUGCAAGCAGGCAGAGGGGGGGUCCUGGGAUCCACUCCCAGUCCACAAGCUCCUGCUCGUCUCGGCCAUGUUGAUUUCUGUUCAUUUUCUGGCUCGUGGGGUGGACCUAAGUAAACAACAAAGUAACGUCCUGCUGUACUGAACUGAUAUGAAAUGUAUUGUGACAAUGCACUGUAUAAUUUGUAUGUAAUAUUUAAUGAUAGAUUAUAAUUAAAACAUAUUCCAUUAAU